CAUGUUAUUAAGCAAUUUGAUGAUCCAAAACAAAAAGGUAAAAUUACAAAGAAAAAGAUUUUAAAGAGUUCAGGUGAUUCAAGACAAGUUCCACUUUUUGACCAUUUACCACAAUAUAAUGGUAAUUUUUCAUUAGGUGUUUCAAUUGCAAAUGACGAACCAAAUGAAAACAAAUAUCCAAUUCAUGCAGAUAUUAUUUCUUUAGGUUUAAAAUAUGCCGAAUUCAAGAUUGCAGGUUCAAAUGCUCGUGCAAUUGCAAUGAUGACUGUAUUUAUUAAACUUAUUAAAGACUAUGAAGCAGCCCCAGAUAAAGUUUACAGCAGAGAAUUAGAUAUUUUACUCAAAAGAAAUAUUCAAUUCCUUGUCGAUUGUAGACCAAUUUCAAUUUCAAUGGGAAACAGUAUCAACUAUCUUAAACACCAAAUGUCACUCACCAAUACUAUGCCACAAAAAGAUGCAAAAGAAUUCCUCAUUGAUUCAAUUGAAAGUUAUAUCGAACGUAUUCAACUAGCCGAUACUGUCAUUGCCAAGUAUGGUUGCUCAAAAAUUAAUGAUGGCGAUGUAAUUUUAACCUAUGCCAGUUCACAUGUAGUCGAAAAGAUGAUCGAAGAAGCCAUUAAAGAAAAGAAACAAUUCCGUCUUAUCAUUGUCGAUAGUCGUCCAAAACAUGAAGGUAGAGAACUUUUACAUCGUUUAGUUUUACAUGGUGUCAAAAUCACAUAUAUUAUGUUACAUGCUGUCUCCUAUAUUAUGAAAGAAGUCACCAAAGUAUUUGUUGGUGCCUAUUCAGUUUUAUCAAAUGGUAAUUUAAUCUCUAGAGUUGGUACUAGUUUAGUUGCAUCAAUGGCUAAAUUCUAUAACGUUCCAUUCAUUGUUUGUUGCGAAACCUAUAAAUUCACCGAAAGAGUUCAAUUAGAUAGUAUUUGCUUCAAUCAAAUUGGUAACCCACAAGAUUUAACUAAACAAUUGGGCGAAAAAGAAGGUUCAAAGAGUUUAUUAGAAAAUUGGGAAUCAUAUGGUUCUUUAAAACUUUUAAAUCUUAUGUAUGAUUUAACUCCAAUAGAAUUAAUCGAUAUGGUCAUUACCGAAGUUGGUAUGGUACCACCAACCUCUAUUCCUGUAAUUCUUAGAGAAUAUAGAAAAGAA